AUGAUUUUUGACGAUACGUCCUCAAAAGCUUUAAAAAAAUACUUGAGCCAUCAUUUGGAACCAAUAUGCGACGCAGAUCCUGCAGUACUGGCAGAUUACAUCAUUGCUCUAUUACAAAACGACAAAUCGAGUCAGGAUUUAAGACAAACAUGUAUAGAUCAGCUUGACGACUUUCUUAAAGAAGAAACUAUUGGCUUUGUAGACAAAUUAUUUAAUUCUUUAUACAACAAAGAGUAUCUUGGUGAAAGUUCUUCAACUAAUGAUAACAAAAAAAAAGCUUAUGAUCAUUCAUCAGACAAAAACGAUUUUUCAUCGGCAAAGUCCGGUGUUAGAAAAAGAGAAGAGAAUUAUCGACGAUAUCCUGAGCGAGCAUCUUCAAAUCGUGAUGAUGAUAGAGACUCAAAAAAUAAAAGAUUUCGUGAUGAUAGAAAUUUUAAACGACGGCGUGAUGAACCUGAAGAAGAAUAUCGUUCAAAUAAAAUUCCAAGAAAUAAUUUGAUAGGAAAUAAUCAAAAUUUACCUGGAAAUGGGAAUGGCUAUGCUUCUGCUUCUGGUCGUUGGGUAAAUGAAUGGAGUGGUAAUGGAAUGUCUGCUCCAGUAAAUGAUCGUUAUGAUGACAGAAGAUUGAGAGCUGGAAGAGUAGGAACUGUUGGUAGCAGAGGUGGUUCUGUUAUGAUUAAUCGUGCUGGCUACCCUGAGAAUAGACCGACUGGAAGACGUCAGCGAUGUCGAGAUUAUGAUGAAAAGGGAUAUUGCAUGCGUGGCGACCUUUGUCCUUUUGAUCAUGGGGCUGAUAGAAUUGUGGUAGAUGAUGUUCAAUUAAAUCGACCGUAUGAUAUUAUGCCACCUAUCACUUCAGCUUUAUCUGGCCCAGUUGGUUUAAUGGGCGGUCCUCCUAGACCACCUUUUUAUUUAACUGCACCUGCUGUUCGUGGUCAAUUUGAGCUGGAUCCAGGAUUUUCUUCACAAACAUCUAGAUCUAUGACACCAACUGCCGACGCUUAUGAUCCUGAAAGAGCUACUUUAUCAAGGCCUGAAGAAUUGUUGACAUCCAAAUCACUUGAACAAAAUGAAGUCGUCGAAGGUCAAACUGAAGAAGGCUCUGUUAACGAAACUACUGCAAUUACAUUGACACCAACACCACCUGUCGCUGCUUUUUUAGAUGCAAGCUUACAACAACAAUCCGCACAUCUUAAUGCUAGUGGUGCUGGAACAACAUUUAGAGGUCGUGCCCAAAGAAUACCUAAUGAAUUUUGUAAUUUGGAUAAAGUGAAUGAAUUUUUUAAGAAAUUCGGUAUAAUCACCAACAUCAAUGUUGAUGUUACUAAUCAAAAGGCAAUAAUCCAGUUUAAUAGUAAUCAAGAUGCCCAGAAAGCCUAUAAUUCUCCAGAACCUAUUUUUGGCAAUAGAUUUGUUAAGGUAUAUUGGUUCAAGGAAAAGGAAGAACAACAGAAUUCUGCAGGAACAAAACAACCAUUUGCAACUUCUAAACAAGAAGCCACCGCUGCUGCUCCCGUUUCUACAGACUCUCCGGCAAUUCUUGAAAUUCAAAAACAAAGAGAACAAUUAAUUAGGCGACAAAUUGAAGAGUCAAAAAGAUUGAUGGAACUUUCUAAAAAGAAAACUGGUGAUCCUAAAAGUCGAGAAGAAUUACUCAAGACACUUAAUAAAGUUGGUGAAGGCAUCAAAAAAGAUACAAGUGUGCCAGUUCUUAAACCAAUUACUUCUUCCACUCCAUUUUCAAAAUCUUUAAUGGAAGAAAAAGAACGAGAACAAUUAGAUAGGGAACUUGAUAUUUUAAGCAAAAUUAAUGAAACUGGCGGUCCUCUUGAUUCACCAUCAGUAAAAGGUUCAACUACAGAAGCUUCUUUGCAAACAAAUCCUGAGGCUACACAAAAUGAUACUUCAGAAAUUUCUAUCACAAAUAAUUUGGGCGAUUCAGUUUACCGUGGACGUGGACGUGCUUCUAUUUUUUAUGGUAGGGCUCGCGGUUGGCCAAGAGUUCGCGGUGGAGGUGCUAUUCGUUCUUAUAAACUUGAUAAUCGUUCUAGCAAAUUGCUUAUCAAAGAUUUCCCAGCUGAUUCCAUUGAAGCUUUAAAAACUUAUUUUCAACAAUUUGGUGAGAUUGAAUCUUUUGUUAAUGUUGAAGAUGAUAAAGGUGUGAUUGCACAUUUUAAAAAUAGAAAAGACGCGGAACAGGCGCUUGUGAAAGGAUCUAAUAUUCCAAAUGUUGGUGUUGUACAAAUGACAUGGCAUUCCGAAACUAAUUCAGCUGUUCAACCAGAGGUUACUAAUUCAACUACAGUUGUUGAAAAUUCUGAAUCACAACCAAUUGCCACAAAUACUGAGGUCAAAACUGAAACUACAACUUCCACUACAUUUAACGAAGCAACCACAGAAACAAAUGAGAAAAAUAAUUUCGAAAAGGAUGAUGAUGAUGAAAGAGAGCGUUCUUGGAAACUGGCAAGAAGAGGUCAAGCUCUUCAGAUUAAUAUUACGGGUGCAAUUGGUUUACAAGAUGUACUUAAAUCUAACCUUGGUCCAAAAGGAACAAUAAAAAUGUUGGUUGAUGGUGCAGGGAAUAUCAAAAUCACCAAAGAUGGUAAAGUUCUUUUAAGUGAAAUGCAAAUACAAAAUCCUACAGCAGCUAUGAUUGCCCGAGCUGCUACAGCACAAGAUGAAAUCACAGGGGAUGGAACCACAUCUAUAGUUUUAUUGGUUGGUGAAUUAAUGAAACAAGCUGAAAGAUACAUUUCAGAAGGAUUACAUCCUAGAGUUGUAACAGAAGUUACAAAAUCAAUUGAUCGAGAAUUACUUGUUAAUGUCGCUCGUAGUUCUUUAAGGACAAAAGUUCAAAGCACUCUUGCUGAUAAAUUGACAGAGGCUGUUGUUGAUGCUGUUUUGGCCAUUAAACGUGACAAUCAGCCAAUUGAUUUACACAUGGUAGAGGUUAUGAAAAUGCAACAUAAGACUGCAACUGAUUCACGUUUGAUCCGUGGUCUGGUAUUAGAUCAUGGAGCUCGUCAUCCAGAUAUGCCAAGACGUGUAGAAGAUGCUUAUAUAUUGACAUUAAAUGUGUCCUUAGAAUAUGAGAAAAGUGAAAUCAAUUCAGGAUUUUUUUAUUCAAGUGCUGAUCAACGUGAAAAACUUGUUGAAUCAGAAAGAAAAUUUACUGAUGAGAAAGUUAAAAAGAUUGUAGAAUUAAAGAAACAAGUUUGCGGUGAUUCGAAAAAAGGUUUUGUUGUUAUUAAUCAAAAAGGAAUAGAUCCUUUAUCAUUGGAUCUACUUUGUAAAAAUGGCAUUUUAGCAUUAAGAAGAGCAAAAAGAAGAAACAUGGAAAGAUUACAACUUGUAUGUGGUGGUGUCGCACAAAAUUCAGUCGAUGAUUUGACUCUUGAUGUUCUUGGACAUGCUGGACUUAUAUAUGAGCACACAUUAGGAGAAGAAAAAUAUACUUUUGUUGAAGAUGUAAAAGAUCCUAAAUCCGUUACCAUCUUAAUUAAAGGACCUAAUGCACACACUAUAACUCAAAUUAAUGAUGCAGUUCGUGAUGGAUUACGUGCUGUCAAGAAUGCUAUUGAAGAUGAUAGUGUGGUUCCAGGAGCUGGAGCUUUUCAAGUUGCAUUAUCAGCACAUUUAACAAAAUUCAAAGAUUCAGUUAAAGGCAGAGCCAAAAUGGGGGUUCAAGCUUUUGCUGAUGCAAUGUUGAUAAUUCCAAAGGUUUUGGCACAAAACGGUGGUUUUGAUGCUCAAGACAUUAUUGUUUCUUUACAAGAGGAAUAUGCUUCCGGCCAUGUUGUUGGCGUAGAUUUAAAUACAGGAGAAACACUUGAUCCUGUUCAAGAAGGUAUUUGGGACAAUUAUAGAGUCAUUCGUCACAUGUUACACUCAUGUUCUGUAAUUGCUAGUAACUUUUUGUUGGUAGAUGAAAUGAUGAGAGCUGGUAGAUCAAGUUUGAAAAAUGAUAAUAUUGCAAAUUAA